GGAGACUUUCUACCCAUGGCCUUUGGGGACUGUCCUGCCAUGCUGCCUGGAGGAUUGUGGGAGCGAGGGCAGGACUGCGCAAACAGUCUCUCUGGGGUGGCCAGGAGCAGUGGAUCGGACUGCAGCUCCGGACCAGACUCAACCGGGCAAAGGAGACGCCUUCCGCCGUUCGCCAUGAGGGUCUUGAGCCUGGCCUUGGUGCUGGGCUGGCUGUGUGGGGCCUUUGGGGCAGAAGAGUCCUGUGAGGGCCGCUGCGACAAGGGCUUCGACAUCCAGAGCAAAUGUCAGUGCGACGACCUUUGUGCGUAUUACCAGAGUUGCUGCAAUGACUAUUUAACCGUCUGCAAAUCCAAAGUGACCCGUGGAGAUGUUUUUGAGCAGCCGGAGGACGACUAUGUGGACUAUUAUGACUUGCCCAAUACCACUGCCCCUGUGCCCACCAGUGCCAGCCCUGAGCCGGACGUCACCUCGACGUACGAAUAUGUCUGGACGGAAGAGGCAGGUGCUGCAGGGACGGCUGGAGGAACGUGGGCACCCUCUCAGCUUCCGACAGAGAGUCCAACGACCGAGGCACACGGGGAGGAUGAGGAGGUCCUCUGCAGUGGAAAGCCAUUCGACGCUUUCACCAGCCUGAAGAACGGGUCCAUCUUUGCCUUCCGUGGGAAAUAUGUGUACGAACUGGAUGAAAAGAGUGCGAAACCCGGGUACCCCAAACUCAUCCAGGAGUUGUGGGGGAUCGAAGGACCCAUCGACACCGCCUUCACCCGCAUCAAUUGUGAGGGCAAGACGUACCUUUUCAAGGGCAGCCAAUACUGGCGCUUUGCAGAUGGGGUCCUGGAAGCUGGAUACCCCCGGAGCAUCUCCAGUGGAUUCAAAGGGAUCCCGAAUGAUCUGGACGCUGCUUUUGCCCUCCCGGCCCAGAACUACUUCUCCAGUGAAAGGGUUUAUUUCUUCAAAGGGAACAAAUACUGGACCUACGACUUUGCCAAUCAGCCCAGCCGGGCGGCCUGCGAGGAAACCUCCCCUUCGCUGGUCUUUGACCAUUACGCCCAGAUGCAGGACGAGGAAUGGGAGGAGAUCUUCCAGCUUCUUUUCGGAGGGACACGCCGGAGUGGGGCCAGCCGGCCCCGGUUCAUCGGCCGCGACUGGCGAGGGGUUCCCGGGCAUGUGGAUGCCGCCAUGCUGGGGAGGCUGUAUGUGGCGCAGAGUCCAACCCAGCGCCGCAGAGGGAGGAGGCCAUCCCGGCGUCACCCCAAGAAGUACCGCCGCCGCCAGCGCUGGGGACGCUGGGAUCCGCUGUGGGACUGGACGGGCAUUGACAACGAGAGCUCCGAGUCCUUUGAAAUGGACUGGCUACUGGGCGGGUCGACUCCUUGCCAGCCUUUCCAGAGCGUCUAUUUCUUUGUGGAUGACAAGUACUACCGGGUCAGCCUCCGCACCCGCCGCGUGGACUGGGUCUACCCCAAAUACCCGCGCCCCAUUGCCAAGUACUGGCUGGGCUGCCCCUCCGAUGAGGACCUCGCCUGAAGUUUGGAUGCAAACCCCAGCGCACCAACAGCAGCAGUCAAAUAAAGCCCAUUUUGGUGUCCCAAAA